AUGGAAAAGGCUUUUGAUAAUGUAAAAUGGGAUGCAUUGUUUUGUAUUUCGAGAAAGCAUGGAUUUGGGGAGAAAUGGGUUUCUUGGUUACAAUGGUGCAUUACUUCUUCUAAUAUUUCACUGUUAGCGAUGGCAGCUCAACUGUUGGAGGAUGCAAUGCAAAGAGGACAGAUUCAUGGUUUUAUGGUUGCAGAAAAUGGAAUUCAAUUUUCUCAUUUACAAUUUGCUGAUGAUACCCUGAUUUUCUUGAAGGCAUAUGUUGUUAAGCUGAACUUGGAUAAAAGUUCAAUGAUCAGUGUUGGUGCAGAUGCUAUUGUUAAAGAUUUAGCUUUAGAAUUUGGAUGUAAGGUGGAAGUUAUGCCAAUUAAGUAUCUUGGGUUGCCUUUGGGAAUAACAGCUAGAAAUGCAACAAUAUGGGAGGAUAUUAUUCAAAGGAUGGAAAAGAAAUUGGCUUUAUGGAAAAGGAAAUUUCUGAACAAAGCUGGAAGGCUAACACUUCUUAAAAGUUGUCUUGCAAGUUUGCCUCUAUACUAUUUGUAUCUCAUUCAUUUGCAUGUAGCUGUGGAGAAGAAGUUAACUAAAAUUAUGAGGAAUUUUCUAUGGGAUUCUUCAGAAGAUAAGAGAAAAAUGUGCUGGGUUUCUUGGAAGAAAAUUUGUACUCCAAUUAGCAAAGGUGGUUUAGGUGCGAAGAAUCUGAAGCUCACAAAUUUUAGCCCUUCUUUCUAA